AUGGCCUCCGAAGACGAUGCCGAUUUCCGCGUGAAACUUACUGAUGCUUAUCUCAAGAUACGUAAAGUGAAAAUCAAUCCUAGCAUUUCCGUGGCUCAUGAAAUAGCUCUGAAAAAGGGACCUGCUAUCUAUCCUAUCCGUCGCGUCGAAUGCAAGAGCUUCAUCGUUCCCGCUGGAAAUCCCUCCCUAAGGAAGGAUAACCUUUUCAAUGGACUGGUGCCAAAAACAGUUGUCUUUGGUAUGGUCGAAAGCGACGCGUUCAAUGGUGCAUUAAAAAAGAAUCCGUACAACUUCCAACAUUUCAGCGUGUCCUCCAUUGGAAUAACCGUCAACGGAGAAGAAAUACCAUUUAAACCCUUGCAGCUUUCCUAUGGCGCAGCACCUAAAUACAUCGAAGCAUUUACCACACUGUUCUCUGGUACGGGAAAAAUGUAUCACAACACAGGAAACGAUAUAUCCCGAGAAGAAUUUCCAGAAGGUUACGCCGUGUACGCCUUUGAUCUAACACCGGACAUGUGUGGAGCCUCUCCUCAUUUUAACGCUGUGCAGAAAGGGAAUUUGGCCAUUGAUAUCCAGUUUUCCGCAGCGCCUGCAAAUGCUGUGAGUCUCGUAUGCUACGGAGAGUUUGAGAAUACCGUGCACAUUGAUUCCGAAAGAAACGUUGUCUACGAUUAUUCUGGAUGA